AUGACUGAAGUUUCCAAUGACCCGUUUCUGGCCUACGUUUUGAAUAGCAAACAGUUAACUAAUUUGGAUCGUCUACGAAAGAAAGCAGUUACAAAACAACUGGAAUUCAGUGCCGACAAUAAGAACCCUGAGGAGUUUUUGAGGUAUCAACAUAUGUAUCAAAGAGAAGCAUUUGAAUAUCUACAAACAAAACAUGAUUCUCACAAAAUAAUGGAAUCUCAGUACGAGCUCUAUCAGAGAAGUUCAAAGACAAGAAGAUACAGUAUCGAUUUAGAUUCUGUAGGCACAGCAGAUACGGAACCACAAACAGGAAAUUCAAAUGAGGACUUUCUUGAUAGGAAUGAAGAUAACGAAGCUGUUAUGGAGCUGAGAAAAAGGUUGUUAGGGAAGCCGCAGAACAAGGGCUUAGGACAUGAGCCCACAAAAUCAGUCGAUAGGCAAAUUGAAGAUCAAGACACGUUGCAACAGGAUUUGAUUCAGGAUAUGAGCAAGCUUGUAGGCAGUUUGAAACAGGGAGCUGUGGCAUUCCAAUCAGCACUUGAUGAAGAUAAGCAAGUUCUUGGAGCUGCGGAGAUAGGUAUUCAAGUUGCCUCUCAAGGUUUAAUGGAUGUUAGCGGUAAAUUGAGAAAAUAUGACAAAAGCAAAUUGAGUUACCUGUUUUAUAUCACUGUUUUCAUUUUUAUGAUUCUCGGCCUGGUGUUUACAUUUAUUAUAAUCCAGCUAUUUCCAGCACUAUAA